UACACGUCCUAGGGGCGGCGCCGCGGGGCGGAGCUGUUGCCGCUGUCAUGGCGUCCUGGGCGCUGCUGGCGAAGGAACUGCCUCUGCGGAGCCAGUAGAGCGCUAGGCAGGCGGGCAGGCGGCGGGCCGGCCAUGGAGAGCUUGGCGCAGCCCCCGCCGCCCCCGGGCGCGCUGAAGCGGGGCGGCGGGGGCGCUGCGGGCCGAAUCAUCCUGGAGGGGUCAGUGGAGGAAGAGGUGGCGGCUAACGGGGGUAGUGGCAGGGAUGGACCCAUCACUGCUGAGGAGGGCGGCGGACAGUGGGGUCCUUCCCCUCUGCUUCUUCCCCCGCCUGCUGCGGGCCCCGGGAGGGACUCUCCUUCCGCGCAGGGGUCUCCCGUGUCUGCCACUGAGAACCGCCGGUCCGCUGCGGACUGCGCGGAGCUAGCAGUGACUGAGAGCCCUGAGGCGGCUCCUGCCUUGGAGAGCGGCCCCGGGGAGGCCGGCAGCAGCGGUGACCCCAGCCCCCCAGAGGAGGAGUCGCGGAGCUUGGACUCCCUGGAGUCCUUCUCCAACCUGCACUCCUGCUGCCCGAGCAGCUCCGAGCUCAAUAGCGAUGCCGAGGAGGUGGCGUUGGCAGCUGAGGGCAAGGCCCCGAGCCCCGGAGGGGAUGGGCCCACGGCGGCGGCUCAGCUCUUGUCUGCCUCUAAGGAGCGCUUUCCCGGCCAGUCGGUCUAUCACAUCAAGUGGGUCCGCUGGAAGGAGGAGAACACCCCGAUCAUCACCCAGAACGAGAACGGGCCCUGCCCGCUGCUGGCCAUUAUGAACGUGCUGCUGUUGGCUUGGAAGGUCAAGCUGCCACCAAUGAUGGAAAUCAUAACUGCUGAACAGCUGAUGGAAUAUUUAGGAGACUAUAUUCUUGAUGCAAAACCAAAAGAGAUUUCUGAAAUUCAACGUCUAAAUUAUGAGCAGAAUAUGAGUGAUGCAAUGGCUAUCCUACAUAAGCUACAGACAGGUCUGGAUGUGAACGUGAAGUUCACUGGUGUACGAGUUUUUGAAUACACACCUGAAUGCAUAGUGUUUGACCUUCUUGAUAUCCCUUUGUACCAUGGAUGGUUAGUGGAUCCUCAGAUUGCUGACAUUGUGAAGGCAGUUGGUAAUUGUAGUUACAAUCAAUUGGUGGAGAAGAUAAUCUGUUGUAAACAGUCGGACAACAGUGAGCUGGUUAGUGAAGGAUUUGUAGCUGAACAAUUUCUGAACAACACAGCCACUCAGUUGACAUACCAUGGGUUAUGUGAGCUGACUUCAGCAGUUCAGGAAGGAGAACUUUGUGUGUUCUUCAGGAACAACCAUUUUAGCACCAUGACCAAAUAUAAGGGUCAGCUUUAUCUACUGGUGACAGAUCAGGGUUUUCUUACAGAAGAGAAAGUUGUCUGGGAAAGUUUACAUAAUGUAGAUGGUGAUGGAAAUUUCUGUGACUCUGAAUUCCACCUUCGGCCUCCAUCAGACCCAGAAACUGUAUAUAGAGGGCAGCAGGAUCAAAUCGAUCAGGACUAUCUGAUGGCAUUGUCUUUACAACAAGAGCAGCAGAGCCAAGAUAUCGACUGGGAGCAGAUCCCAGAAGGAAUCAGUGAUCUAGAGCUGGCAAAGAAGCUGCAGGAAGAGGAGGAUAGGCGGGCUUCUCAGUACUAUCAGGAACAAGAACAAGCAGUUGCAGCUGCUGCUCAGGUCCAGCAGGUGCAAGGAGCUGCUUCUCCAGCAAGUGGAAGACAAUCUGGAAGUAGUGAACGCAAACGAAAAGAACCUCGAGAGAAAGAGAGGGAGAAAGAGAAAGAAAAGAAUAGUUGUGUUAUUUUGUAACCGGGGAUGGAUUUUGCCUGGAGUCAAGUGCAUGUCCUCAAACAAAAACAAGGAAUAAAAUGAAGACAAACCCGUUACAUGCCGCCUGUGCCUGAUUACCCCAUGGAUUUAUUCACGUUUAAGGAGAGGAUGGGUGACUACUUUGUUACAAUCAUACAGACUUUCUUCAAAGUCAUACAGUGCGCUCUGUGUGAGAUGGAAUUCCAUUACAAUUGGAUGCGGCUGUGCUUUGAGUCAGUCAUGAGAAAUACUGCACCUUGUAGCUAAACACACAAAUCACGGCAAGUUUUGUCAUAGUGACAUGCGUUACUUAAAAUAUCAGUUAGUAAGCUAGUUCAUCUUCUGCUCUAAACAAAGAAAGGAGGUAAUUGGUUUUGUCAGAUUUCUUUACAUCAGCACAACAGAAUCCUGUAUUACUUUUCAUGGUCUGACAAUAUAACUUAGAUUGGGUAUUCAUGGCUUUAGAGCCCAAUGAGUGUCUGGGCACACUGCCUCCAUAACUCACCCAGAUUCCUUUUGUUCAAGAGCUGGUAGCCCAUUCUUUAACCCAUAUUUGUGCUGGGUUAGUUCUACCACCAUGACCUUUGUCCCAUGCAUAAAUUAUUUGUUAACCAUUAUAUUGAAAAUUGGGUGUCAUGGAAAAAUGGGGUGUCUAUUGAUAAGCAAGAUAAAGAUUUAUUAUUGCUUUUCUUGCAGUUAAAAACUGGGUAUCACAACUCAGAUCUUAUCAGGGUCAGACACAAAUAAUUUAAUAGUUUUUUUUUCUUUGUUUAGUAUCUUCCGUUAUAGGUAAACUGGACCACAGAAGUUAUUUAUUGAUCUCUCCAUGCAACACGUGAAUGGUGGUAGGAAACUGAAGUCUCUAAUAAUGCUUGUCCUGCAUAGGAAUGCAGAAUUAAAAUAACUAACUUAAUAUCUGCCUUCGUCCAGAAGUACCUUGAACCGUAACAUGACUUUAACAUGUCCACUUGUAUAUUUAAGCUAGUGUACUGUGUACAAAUACUUUUAAAAAUCAUGUAUCUGUAAAAAGCACACUUUUGCAGGGUGAGAGAAAGGUUAAGCUAGUCUCUCAAAUUGUUUGGAAAGGCACUCAGAUGUAGUAUCACUUUGUUUUUUAAAUCAUUAGUUUAGAGUUAUGGGAAACUUCUAUUUUCUAAUUUAUGGGAACCAAAUAAACAUGUUCCAUCUUGUAGUAUUUAUAGGUUACAGGAACAAAAUACUUGUUGAAUUUUAUUAUGAGGAUACUACAAAUCCUCUUUCAUUUCAACAGGGAAAGCCAAUAACAACUACCUUGUUGCUGAUCCUUUUGAUAAAGUUUUUAUUUAGCAAUUUGUAGACUUUUUUGAAAAAAGCUGCUUCUGCUGGAAAAAAAUAGUUCUGAUUCACAUUCUAAGGCUUGCUAAGUGCAUUAAUAUACGUGAGUAUAGAACAGUUUAAAGCAGCCAACUGGAGUAUGACAUUCAUAUAUUUUUGAAGUGUGGGUUGGGGGAAUGUCCAUGGAACUCAAAAUUUAAAAAACCCUCUUGAUUUUUUGAAUGAGUCCAGAGUUAAAGAAAUGCUAUAAAAUUGUUUCAAAUGGAAUUGCCUCCAUAGUUGGAACCAGUCAUUGCACAAAUCUGUUACAUAUUUAAAUAAACAAUUAGACUGAUAAAGUAGGCAUAGUUUUGGUAAUAACUAAAGAGCCAGUUCAGAUCACGCUAUUUGUUUCUUCCUCAGCUUUUUUCCUUCUAUCCAUUUUGUUACAACUUCCUUUAUAUAAUACUGAAGAGAUGGAUGAUUGAAGGGGAUCUCUCUUUCAGACACAAAUUUUAGAUACUAAUUUUUUUUUAUUUCUUGAUAAUUAUAUAGAAAGGUCAUUAAUACUUAUUCAAAUGUAUGCCAGUUAAAAUAACGUUAUUCUAUGUCAAAUCAAACUAUUUACCUUAUUCCUUUCACUGGAGCAAUCAAUUUCUUCAGAUAAAUUUAUACGAAUAUAAACGAGGAACACAAAUGUGAUGGUUUGCUUUACGCAGAACAGAAAAUAUUGACGUAUUGUAUUGGAGGUACAAAAACUUUGAACCAUAUUUUUUUUAAAAGCUGUCUGUUACUGAUGAAAUAUUUCCAAACUCAUAUUUACAUUUAAUACUUUUUAAAAAUAAAUGUCAAGUUAAACUUUUGUUACCGUAUUGUUUCCAAUGAUAAUACUGCCAUUUACAUUCACUUUUAAAACAAAUUAACUUAGAUUGUUGUUGCUACUAUCAAGUACAUCUUUUCGUAAAAUAAAGUAAAUCACUAAAAAUAAUUCAAUGUACUUGCUAGUAUCAGAAAAGUCUGUAUAAUAUUCCUACUUCAUGUCUUACUGACACCCCUGAAACAUAAUUUGAUAUACUUAUGGUAAUAUUGGUAUAUUCAAUUACAGUGGAAGAAAACAAAUUGUCAAUGUUUGUUGUAAAAAUCUCAGACUUUCCAGAGAAUUCAGUUUCUCCUUCAAUAAAGGAGUUAUCAAUUUCAGAAAUAUUGUGGCUUGAUAUUCAUAUUAUUCACACAAUGAUUCUUGUCAAUUUGCUCUUUCUUUAAGGGUCUGGAUGGUUAAAGGUUUUAGUAAUAUUGAGGUUUUACUCUUUUACUUGUAGGACAUUAGUGUGCAUCUAGCCCAACUUGGUAGUGACCGAAAUCAUAACUAUAUAAGCUGGUACCCAAUAUGAAAUGAGUGUGGUGGUCUUAAUUAAUUUCCUACGGGAUUGAUGUCUACAUCAGCAAAACUCCCAUAACAGUUGGCAUCUGUUGAGCAUCUAAAGAAUCCAGAGAUUGAAUGGUCAUUGAGACUGAAGUACUCACCUGUAAUGGUGAUCCCUUUAAAUCAAUAUUGGGGAAUAUUUGUGGGGCACAAUAGGAAGAUUUAUACCCCUAACUCCAGUACUGUGUUCUGUUCUCCAGUGCUAUUACUCUUGCAACUUUCUACAGAACUAGGCUUAUUUUUUAAAUGCUUUGAAUGUUUGGGUAUUUUUACUCUAUUCUAUCUGUUAAAAUACUUGUGUGGGGGUUUUUGGUACCAAGAUGUACUCUCUAGCCAUCUCCUCCUCAUACACAAAGAUGGAUAGAGAGCUGUCAAGGGAAAGUAUAUUGGGAGUUAUAUGGAACCCAUUUCACUGCUAAAUAUAAUCCUCAUUAAUCCUAAUAUAGGCCUACUUACCUUUCUAGUAUAGACAUGCCCUGGGAUCAGCAACCCACACUUCCACAACUUGUUUGAUAUUUGUCAAACUAUUUUGGCUUCUUAAUCUUGUACCGUGAUGGUUGCAACAUUUGUAUGGGAUUGCUUUUGGGUAUUCAGAUUUGUAAAUACAAAGUUAUUGGAAAAAUGACUCCCUUACUUAAUACAAGGCAAUUCAAAAUCAUUUGAUGUUAUUCAGCAUAAACACAAAAGUAAAAAGUGUACUCAAUACUCCUCUAAUUUAAACCCUACCUUUUUUCUUCUGUUGCUGCGUAUAUGAAAAGUGCAGGCAGCCAUUUGCUCAGUUCAGUUUUCUGCUGGUGAUGUCAAACCAAUCACUGGAGUUUGUAAAAGAUAUGGUCUAUGAUGUAGCCAAUUUUAUGUAGUUUUCUAAUGGUUUUAUUUGUUUUAGAGCAUUCUACUUUUAAAAACUUGAGAAAGUGAAACCUUAAACAGCAGGCAGCCUGCAUGUUCCUUGGUGAUCUGAGCAGUGUGAGAUCUUCCACAGAUUGUAUAUUGGGGUAAAAGCAUCAAAUCAAGCAUUUAGUUUGAUUGUCCUGAGAUAGUGUAUUACUCCAGGCCAGCUAUGAGAAUAAGUUGUUUGCACCAAGAAAGGCUUGUAGCAUCAGUCUAGACUACAUAGCCAGUUAUGAUUUAUGGUACAAGGUGCUCAAUGGUGAUAGGCACUAAUAUAAGAAUCUUGAUAGACUCAAACCACCAGUAAGAGAAAAUAGGUAUGUUUUAAAGUAGAAAUUUGCAGAAUUUCCUUCCUUCCUUCUGUGUAUUUGGAACAUACAACAAUAUAGUAAUUCUUCCUCUUUUUUGGAAGUCCACCUUUUAAGAGAGCUUUGUCACAUUGAAUGACCUCCUUCUCCAUUUAUCCUAAAUCUGGCUGUGUAGUAGUCUACCUGCCACUUUCUGCAGUGUCAUAAGCACUUCUUGUUGCAUAGCUGGCCAGGAGACAUACAGACUCCUUAGGGUCAAUUGUCAGCUGUUUCAAGCUCAUGAUCUUGGGGGGCGAUGGUAUGUGCGGUUCCUGGUUGGUUGUUCAGGCCCCUGUCUAGAAGGCUUUUCUUACUUAUGCAGCUGGAAUGUUCCCCAGGAACAAUUCUCUCUCUCAGAUAUCUGGAGCACAGUGUGAGCUGGCCAGGUCCUCUCCUCCCCCAAGCAAUGCCUGACAUGCCCACUUGCAGGAAGGGAACUGAUUAUUGGCAUUACACCAGCUGUCUCAUUUAGGGCACCUUUUGUCCCCUCUUCCCCUCUUGUAGUGCACCUGGGUCAAGAAUGGGGCCCAUUCUGUAGGGCCUCUCAGCAGCUCCAUUGAAAUCUCAAUGAUUGAUUAAACUUAUGAACUUUAGCUCUGUCUUUAUCUGAAAAAUUGCCUCUGCAGAGCUUGCUGCAGUUUGGAAGUUCAUUGCUGUUUUGCAGCUAUCACUUUCCAUAUGCACAAGUAAGCCUACAAAAUAGGAAAGUCUUCAUAUUUUAGAAUUAAUCUGUCUUGGAUGCCUGUGUAUUUCUAACUGAGAACUAUAACUGAAUGGUUGUCAUUUGAAGUGUCAGAGGCCCUAUACUGAUUUGUACAAGAAGCAAUAUUUUGAGGGCAUACGAAAGAGUUGUUUUGUGGGAAGUGUCAGAUGUCCGGCCUGGUAUCCCAUGGGGAACAUUCUAGCAGCAUUUUCGAAACUCUAAAUAGGACCCUCAUAUGUUUUUAAAUUGGCAGCUUACAAAAUACUUUCUGGUGACUUUUUGCUGUAUGGAUUGAUUUUAUGCCCUUAUUUUCAUCCGAAAAUUUUUGUUGAUGUAGUUCACAUCUUCCUAAAUGGAGUGAGUAACCAUUAUCAGAAUUUUGCCCAAUUCCAUGGUUGCUACAUCUGUAUAGGAAACAGUGUUGCACUAUAGUCCUGGCUAAUGUCUUUCACUGGGCCAAAAGAAAGUGAAAUAUGUAAAAUCUGCUUGAUUAACUAACGGUUUCUCCACCCCAAAUGCUAUGCUUAAGUCUUUGUAGUAGCAAGAAAAAAGUCUCCAAGCUGGUAAAACUUGCUACAUUUUUUUUCUUUUAAAUUAGAUCUUUCAUGGGCCUGUAUCUUUUAUCAUUUCCCUAAUAGUGACAUAACUGAAUUUUAGGCUCAGUUACAACUUUGACAAUUCUAGAUUCCAGCCUGAUUAAGCACAGAUAUCAUAAAAUUCAUAACUAUGGGAGACUUAACCAUCCUGCUGUGGUACUGUAGAGAAUUUGUUAAAUUGUAUGAAGUAAUCUUGUGGUUGUUUCAAACAGAUUUCUUUUAGCAUAAAAUCCAACAGUGGGAUUUUCAAAAUUGUAUUGGCCUAACCGUUCCAAUUGAAGCCCGUGAUAAAACUCUAAUUGACUUCACAGAGUUAGGACAUUGGGAUGAGAUUUUCAAAUGUGCUCAGCACACAGUUUUAGUUUUGCUUUUUUAUAUUUUUUUUAAAGUGACUACCUUUCAAAGAUUUUUUGUGUGUGAAAGAACUGAUUAGUAUUAAAUGUUUCUGUUCAAGUCUUCUAUCUUGAUAUAGCAAGGGCAUGGCUGGAACUGUCAAUAAAAGAAAUGCUGGACAGUAUCUAAAAGUGACUGAAAAUUGUGAAUUACAGCUAUAAGUUUUCUUUUAUUUCAGUAAAUAUGAAUCCCAACGCUGUGCCUCAAUCAUUGAGCUCUUUGUGCUUUCUGAGAACUCUGCUAUAGGAGAUAUUGAAACCGAGUUCUAAUUUGUAUCCAAUUAGACUAAGUGUGUAGCUGGUCAUGAGUUAAUGUAACUUUUUCUUUCAACAGUUGCCUCUAAACUUCCUUGAGUGGUCCAGGAGUGCGGAUCUGUGCAUAUAACCUAGUUUUAUUCUACACUGGCCACUUUUCAGAUAUGAGUAACUUUAGCAUAUUCAUUUUCUUUAAAAAUAAAAAUGGCUAAAUACACAUUAGGGACUUAGAGACGCUUUUAAUUAUAGGGCAGACAAAGUAUCUGGUAUAUGUUAACCUUUAUUCAUAAGCAUAAUAUUCGCUAAAAACAUUAAAAACAAUUUUAGAAAUAUUACUGAGCAGAGACCAAGGAUACUAGGCUUAUCAGCUGUGAUACUUUAAAACACUGAACUAUAAUGUUAUGGAAAAACUGAAAGGUGUGAAAAUGUUACAACAAACAUCAUUAUGGUACCACUAGCAUGCACAACUUUAAUAUUUUUCCUUUCCAAAUCCAGGGGAAAAGGAGGAAGAUGUAAAAAUAGCUAUAGGAAAAAAUAAUCUUAUCUUAUCCUUUGUCCCUUAAUGUAGAAAAUGGGUGGGAUUUUUCAAGAGCAUCUAAGGGUUAAGCAACCAACUCCCAUUAAAAGUCAGUAAGAUUUGGGUGCCUGGCUCCUUUAGAUGCUCUUGAAAAAUCCCAUCCUAUGUGGAUAAUGUACCUAAGAUAGAAGUUGGAGUUUUCUUCUCUAAGGGACACCUUUGACCAUUUUGCUUCAUAGAGUAUUUCAGAAUGCAGAGCAUUUAAUUUUUUUAAUUUCGUAAUAUUGGAAGGUGUCAGAUUGACAGUACUCGUAUCUGAAAUCUUUUUGGGUUACAGAACAAGAACAGCAUGGGCAACAGCAGAUAAAUGCUUUUUACAAUUAUAUCUCCUUUUCCUUUCCUCAUGUUCAAAACAAACUAGUAUCUAUUCAUUAUUACAGUGGGUUUAAGUAUUUUAUUUCAUUCUCUGGAUCUGGCUUUGGAAACAAUUGAUGUUUAUGCUUUCCGGUCUCUAUCAGGACUGACAUCCUUAAGACAUUGCCAAAUAGACUCUUUAGUCAAUGGGAAUAUUCAUGAAUGUAGCAGAUCAGGGUAUAUAUUUUUAUUCACCUUUCUUGUAAGGUACACAGAGGGGGAAAAAAAAGGUGUCCAGCAUCUUAGAGGUAAACAGAAUAUAAAUCUGACUUUUUGCAAGUGUUUAAAAUGUACUUGUGGAAUUCCAGCAAAUUUUCCCUUCUGACUUACCCUGUAUUCUUUAGCAAACAAAGAUUGUUUCUAUAAUCUUUUUCAAUAACCUCUCCAAUAUUUUUUUCCCAUUCCACUUGCCCAUGUCUAUAAUGGGGCCAUGUUCUACCUACACUUCUUUCCUCUGGCCACUACCUUUUUUGGUUCAAGGUAUUAUUAUUAUUUUGGUUCAUGGCUAUUAUUUCUAUGCAGAGGAUACCCAAAUAUGUAUUCUUCUUUGUUCUGGUUAUUUCCUCACUCUGUCUUCUACUGUAUCAAAUUCUUAUUCUGGUAAUUGGUAAGAAAAGUACCUUUAACUAAAAUUUCCCAUUUUGACCCACAUUCAUCCUGUCUGUCAUGAAUUCAGGUGUUUGACUUCAUUCACAAAUCUUUCCUCUUACCUAUACCAGAUUUAUUAUCUGAUUAUAACAACUCCAACUGUUCUGCUGUCCAAACACAAAGGAAGACACAGUCCCCUCCUUGACGAGUUUACAAUCAAAGAUUUACAACUCUUUAUAUGGUCAACUAAACUAUUAUUCGCCAAUUUUAUUCCCUCUCGAUUUUUAAACUACUAUAAUGAAGGUGGAGAUAGGGAGAUGGUGAAGGAGGGCAUUACUUUGGCACCUCAGUUUAUUUGUACUUGAUACAGUGACUCAUCCUUCUACCCAUAUUCAGUAAUGGAACAGCUCCUUUCUCAGAAAUCUACAUUGGUUGAAUGUACAUUUCCAAAUGAAGUGUGUUAAUAAAUACGUUUUCCAGCUCCUUUUUUUGGUCUCUGAUAUGGAAAUUGUUCUGCCAUCUUCCACCUCCACAGCUGCAGAUUACAUCUCAAGAUCUCUUGUAUUUCAGCCACCCUCUGAAGCCCAAAAGCUGUCUUUAAACAUACACACACAUUUUCCUUUUCUAAUGGAAAAACAUCCCUUGUGUCUCACUGUUUCUCAAUGCCAAGUCUUUUUCCUAAACAUAGCUAUUGUACCUCUGUUCAGCUCUACCCAAAUAAAUAUGGAGCCACCAUAUUUAUCAUGAAAUCUAUAUAGUUUAUUUAUAUUUCCAUGUAUGUAAUAAGCUGCGAUACAGUGGUAUUUUUGUAUGGUUCUUGUAAUAAUCUGAUUAUCAAAACUGCACUCGUUUCAGAUGGUGCUAUUGAUUAUGUUCAGGGUUAUAUUUUAUACCUUUAUUUAUAAGUCUCUGUUUUGGAAGACUGGGAGUGUCACAGUCCUGGUCAAACUCCCCCAGCUGGACACUCACUAAAGUCCUCUAUUUGGAUCCACACACUGGAUAUGAAUGCUUUUUAGCUCCUGUGGGCCUGGGUAGACUCAAUGGCACAGUCUCUCUUUGGCCUCUAGAUUUGCUUCCCAGCCCAUAAACGCUGUCUGGCAUCUGUUCUCAGAAGUCGGACCCGGUGUUGUAGCUGCCCUUGGCCAGUGCUGAACCCUCCUAAGACUCCCCAAUAGCUUUGGCACCUACUCUAGUGCUCCACUCUGGUUUAUGGUUAACCCCUUCUGGGACGUGUGAUAACUGAAGAAAAUACAGAGACUUUGCAGAGGGAUUUCUAAACCAAUCACUCAUUACUUUAGAUAGCACAAGAGACAAAUCCAUGUAAAAUAAACCACAUGUACACAAUUCCCUGCCUCCGUUUCCUCACCACUCUUGAGUGUUCUUUGGGACUCAGUGUCUUUUCAGACUUGCAGCUCUCCUCUCCUGAACUUCGUUCUUCCAAUACAGUCUUCUCUUCCUUUUCUGGUUGGUGAGAGAGCUACUCUGAGCAGACCUUCUCUUUCUGUAUCUUGCAUUCCUCUCUGUCAGGUGAGCUCCUUGGUCAGCCUCAGACCCCUAUCAGGUGAUCCAUUGCUUGGUUGUCAGCCUGCUUGGGAGAGCUGGGUUCCUUGGGUGGUAGCCAGCUCUUUGUCCAAGGGAGCUUCCAAUUAAAUGGAAGGUCAUCAGGGUUUAAUGACUCCCUCCCAUUGCUAGUCCUCUACCAGGGGCAAGAAUUUCUCUUUUUGUGUGUGUGUGUGUGUGUGUGUGUGUUGUUUUAGCUCAACAUGUGGGCUACACAGCCAAAACAGUUUUACAAUCAAAGUGGUCUUCACAAAACAGAAUGAAGAUUGCAGCUUGAUACAGAUACAUGCAGACUUAUACUAAUCCAUCACAAGGGGGUAAUACUGAUUAGAAUUGAAAUAGUUAAAGGAGGAAAAAGAAUAGUUAACAAAAAUUGAUGUAUAAUCAUUUACCAACUCAUUAUUCAUCUGAAAUGUUUGUAAGCUCAGCUGUGUGGUGAGGCAUAAUUGUGUACAAAGAACAUUUAGACACUUGGAUGAAAUGUACUAUAAAAGUACUAUCUGCAGCAUUGUUCUUGUGAAACUCAAAAGAAUGCAUAGAAAAGGGCCACUGACAUUGAGGAAAAAAUUUCACAUUUGAAUGAAAAGUAGAUAAAAACAUGAAAGGUUUGACACAUACUGACAUUUGUUUUCUUCUAUUGUAAUACAUUUGUGCAGAAUAUAGCAGUAUGAACAUUUACAUCUUGUUUUUGACUAAUACUUUGCAGACAAGUAUUCUGCUCAAUUACUUGAGUUGAUAUUAGCUUUCAGAACUGUAACAAAUUGCUGUAUCCAUAACCAUCCACAGUAAUGUUCCCAACUCAAUGGAGAUUGUUGUAAAUCCACUGGAAACAUUUAAUGACUACACGGAGGAAUAGAAUUUAUAUCACUAUACAAACUUGAAGCCUUAGGGCUUGUCUUCACUACCGCGCUACAGCUGCGUCUAUGUUGACAGUUGAGCGCUCUCCUGUCAAUGUAAUUAUUCCACCUCAACAAGAGAUGGAAGCUAUGUUGGCGGGAGUGUGUCUCCCGCUGAUAUAAUGUGGUGUAGACAGUGCUUAAGUUGCUGCAACUUACAUCGCUCCGGUGGGUGGCAUUUUCACACUCCUGAUCGGUGUAACUUACAUCAACUUGAGUGGUAAUGAAGACAAGUCCUCAGAAAUAUACUCUUGUGUGCUCUUCGCUAUCAUUCUCAUUUUGUGACCAGCAGAGGCUGGUGCAGGGCUAAGCGUCCAUUGGUUCCUGGACAAUACCACAAUCCACUAAAUAUAGAAUUCCAAUUCUUAAUGCCAUCUUUAAAGUGUUGUGUGAGGUUAGACUAGAAAUGAGCAAGGAGUCUGGCAGUUUAUUGUACAUUGGAGUCACUCUUGCAAUUCAGUCAAAGGUUGCACAGCUAAUUGUUAACAUGUAUAUCAGUAUUAUGUAUUUAUAUAGUCCCCAGUAGUAAUCGAGAAUUUUGUAGUUAUGAAGACUGGAAGAAGAAAAGCGAGACUCAGUAUAUACAAUUUAGAUUUAAUUACAACCUUAGGCUGGAUUUUCAAAUGAGCCCAAGGGAGCUGGGCACUAAAAUACCAUUAAUAUUCUUUGACAAUCCCAGUCAUAGUCUCUAGCUCACUCUCAUCAGGUUGAGGAAGGGAGAGGUUUAAAAAUGUGAACGAAUAUUAAGAUUUCCUUCCUUCCAAGUUUUAAAAGAUAAACCCCAACCUGCUUCCGUUAUUAAACUGUAAUUGGUUUGAUUUUAUAUUAUGCGUUUUAUUAAAAAAAGAUUUGAUUUUAAAUCAAAAUGACUAUUUUAUAAUACAAAAUUUGUUUAGAAUACUGCCAGAGAAGUUUGAAAACACAGUUCUUGUCCUACCAAAUUUCCUUACAUUUUUGGCAACCUUUCCCUUCUGUUUCUAAUUGAACUUGAUUUUCUAUUGUUACUACUUUGGUGCCCAAGCAUCUAUUAUUCUCCUUAUUCAAGGAAUAAUAUUUUACAACUAGUACAGAGCAAUUAGAAGGGGCUCAAAAUCAUGUUGAGAUGUUUUACAUCAAACAUGUUUUUAGUUUUCAAAUUAAAUAGAUAUUUAUAGAAUAUAGUCUGCAAGGUCCUUUAGGUUCAAAUGUUUAAAGGUAGGUCACAUUUUUGGUGUAAACGCUUCAACAGUGUGCUUUUUAAUUAACUUAAAUCUUGAUAGGGUUAAAAAGGGACAAAAAUGACAAAAUAAUUAGAUAGGAAUUUUAUUUACUCUAGGAAAAGUGCUGUAGGAAAACCUGGUUUUGUAUUUGCAAAUGCUAGCUAGCACAUUCUGCUUUAAAAGCUCUGACCUCUUAAUGAGCAAUGUAAGUAGAUAUAAUGAACCAGUAAAAUUACUAUCCUGUUUAUUUUAAACUACACCAGAUUCAGCACUUUGAUAAUAGCUGCAGCGUUAUCAGAUGGAUAUUGUAUUUGUCAUAUUUAAUUUACAGCACCAGAUUUUCCUUUCUGGCAUACUUAAGAGUUGGCCAUUGUGACGGCAGGCAAAAAUAACCAUUGAGACCCUGCCAGAAAUAAAUGAGUGGCUGCGUGUCUGAAAACUAGUUAUAUCGGAGGCAAUUUGAUUUUUGUUAUAGCAAAAGCGUCUUUGUGUAUGUCCAGAUACAUUAAAAUAUUGUAAUAUUACUGAUGACUCUUGGAAUGUUUGACUGUUCUAAUUAUUACAAGACUGCACAUCAGUGAAAUGAGCUGGACUCACCCUUUGAUACAAUUUGUACUACUUAAAGUAAAUAACACUUUUUUCAACAUUGUUGUAACAUGUUGCUAUUUUAUCACAAACAACUGUUAUUGCCUUUUGCUUUUGCCUUUGUUAUAUUGCCUGUAUAUGUUCUUAAUCACUGUAAGUUUUAACUUGUCAAAAUUUGGUAAGAUUAACAAAAGAAAUCAAUUCUCUUUCCUUCCCCUUUGCAUUAUAGCCCAACAGACUUCAGACAUCAAACCAAUGUGUGGUAUUAAUGGCAAAAUAACAAUGAACAUUAUCACACCCUCUUCCAUUUUCAAAAUUUCUUGUUAGCAAUUGAGGGCCAAUUCUUAAGCAAAAGGUCAGCUUUGAAAAAAUACAUUCUUUUCUACCAGGGAUGACUGCCUUGCCUCCAGCUGUCCCACAAGUGAGUGCAGAACACCACCCCUAGUCCUUUGUAGUAGUUUGAUAUAAAUAAUGUUGUACGGCUGACUUCCUACCUUUCAAUCACAGCAUCCCUCUGACCGAAAGACAGGAUACAUCCGGAUUUUCAUAAUUUUCUUUGGUUAAGCUUUCAACAUUGUCUUAAGUAUUACUUGCAGAAAUACGUAUCAUUUUUGUUUGUUUUACAAUUGCCUUUUGGUAACUUGUUUUAUAUAUGUGUAUGGACUCACGUUAACAAAGAGGCAUGCUCUAUACUACUGGGGAAUUUCAUACUACAAAAGUUGCUGCCAGUGCAGCAGCUGCUAAAGGUAAUAUGAUAGUUUGAAAUAUUUGUUCUUCUAUUUAUUAAUUACAUGGUUUUGAUACUGGGCACUGUGUUUUGCAAAAAUAAUAAAGUAACAUGGAGAAAACCA